AUGAUUGAUAAUUAUCGAGGUUGGCAUGAGAUGUUGCCAUAUGCUUUGUUGGGUUAUCGAACGACUGUCAGAACAUCAGUUGGAGCUACUCCAUAUUUGCUAGUAUACGGAACAGAAGCAGUUAUACCUGCAGAAAUUGAAAUACCCUCAUUGAGAAUCAUCCAAGAAGCUGAAUUGAGUGAUACUGAAUGGGUUCGCAAGCGGAUUAAUCAGUUAACAUUGAUUGAUGAGAAGAGAAUGGUUGCUGUUUGUUAUCGAACGACUGUCAGAACAUCAGUUGGAGCCACUCCAUAUUUGUUAGUAUAUGGAACAGAAGCAGUUAUACCUGCAAAAGUUGAAAUACCUUCGUUGAGAAUCAUCCAAGAAGCUGAAUUGAGUGAUGUUGAAUGGGUUCGCAAGUGGAUUGAUCAGUUAACAAUGAUUGAUGAGAAGAGAAUGGUUGUUGUUUGUCAUGGACAACUGUAUCGACAUAGAAUGAUUCGUGCUCUCCACAAUAAAGUAAGAGCUAGAAUGUUUGAGAUUGGUCAGUUGGUUCUCAAACAUAUUUUCCCUCAUCAGGAUGAGUACAAAGGGAAAUUUGCACCAAAUUGGCAAGGGCCCUACAUGGUUCACAAAGUGUAA